CUUUUUCUCAUUACGGGGGCCCUAAUUUCUCAGCGGCCCCCUUUGGCUGCUAACAACUCGUCGUAGUUAAGUUAGACUUUUUUCCUGUCCGGCUUGUUCUUUCUUUCACGUAGCUGCCAAGUCGUCGGUUUGGCUCCCACACGACACACGGUGUUCGGUACCCCGCUGUAAGAAUGAAGUCUUUCUCCAUGGUCUUGGCGCUUGCCGCCCGUCUCACGUCGGCCGUGCUGUAUCCCGAAACGUCCGUCAACAACCAUACCUGCGCCAUUCAGGAUUCCAAAUCCGUGCUGUCGUGCUCUGCCAAGGCUGUACCAAGCGUGUCGGACUCUUGCUGCGUUGAGACCUUCGGCGGUCUGCUCCUUUUCACCCAAUUUUGGAACACGCACACCGGCCUCGAAGAUCAGGGGCAGCUGCUCCCCGAGUCCACCUGGACGCUGCAUGGACUUUGGCCGGAUUUCUGCAACGGGUCAUAUACCCAGUACUGCGACCUAACCCGCCAAUACGACCGCUUCCCCUCGCCCAAUGUCACCAACUGGCCUGCCCCCAACACGCAGGUGCCCGCCUACAGUGGCCCCAGCAUCGCCGACUUCGUCAAGGAGUUUGGCCGGGAUGAUCUCCUCGAGUACAUGAACACGUACUGGGUCGCGCAGGGACAGCCCAGCUACGAGUUCUGGGAGCACGAGUUUGCCAAGCAUGCAACUUGUUUCUCCACCUUUGACGUCCCUUGCUAUGGACCAAAGUACCAGAAGAACCAGGAAGUUGUCGACUUCUUCGACACUGCCAUCAUGUACUAUCGCCAAACCCCAACCUGGCAAUGGUUGAACUCGGCCGGAAUCGUGCCUUCCAACACAACGGCCUAUUCGCUCCACUCCAUCCAGACUGCCUUGUCCAGCAGCUACGGUGCUCUGCCAUAUCUCGGCUGCUCGGGACCACGCUACAAUGAGACUGCCGCUGGUGCAGGGAGCCUCGACAAUGGCCGCACUGCCCUGUCAGAGGCAUGGUACUAUGCUCAUGUCUACGGCCGACCCCAAGAUGGCAACACGGUCCCUUUGAAUGCCAGCGGAUCUGUCACCAGCUGCGCCACUACACCCGGUGCGGUUUGGUACUAUGAGCCUUCUCCCAAAGCAGUAAGGAAGGCUGCUGCCUGAGGGCAGUGAUAUUUACCUAAUUUGACUUGUUGAAGCCGCAAGCAGCUCUUCCUGCGGCCCGGCACAAAAGCAGGCCAUCUUUUUUUUUGUUUUGCCUCGAGUCUUGGUGAAUCAAAUUUCACCUAUGCCUGUUAACAACAACUCGGGAUAAAAAGAGGCCGAUAAAGGCUGCAUACAGGAACAGGAACUUUGCAUGGAUAAAUGCGUCGCCCUAAAAAGGUAGAAUUCAAGCUUUACAUGUUGAUCGACCGACUAGACCGUGUAAAUCGAUAGCGGACAGUCCCCUGAAACCAUCAUGUCCCUUUUUGUUUUGUACUUUACUUAGAAAACCGAGCGUUGCUCAUACAAACCCCAAAACUUGACGGAUUCGUCGCUACUUACAGCGUGUUUCUGAAAAUCAACGGCAAUACAACGGGGUCUCAAAUCGCCUCGGACAAGCUUUUUUCAG